AUGGACUCGGACGUGCACAAUGAACAAACAGACCAGAAUGAGAAGGACCUGAAAUACACUCUUUUAGGGCCUAUCAUCACCAAGGCAGGCUAUGAAGGCGUCGACAAAAACCAGAUUUCGGAAUUUCUGCACAAAAGCUCCAAAGGGUCGCUUUUCUUCGACCACCAAGCAAAGUGCGAUCGAGAUUUGGCUGAGAAAACCAAAGACUUGGUGCAGAAAAAACGCCAACUCGAGCUAACCGACUUGUCCUUCGAAUUUCAAAAUGCUGAUCAACUCAUCGCCGACUUGGAAAAAAGCAGAGAUCUUUCACAGUUCAUUGUCCACAUUGACUGCGACUGCUUCCAUGCCUCGGUCGAGAAACUGGACCACCCCGAACUUGAGAAUGCCCCUUUUGCGGUGGGCGAGGUAGUGAUCGCGGCAUGCAACUACGUCGCUCGUAGUUACGGUUGCCGGAAUGGCAUGCUGAGCUCCGUGGCUUUGCAGUUGUGUCCCGAUCUGAAACUGUUACGGCCGAACCCUGCGAAAUACAAAGCGAAGAUGGACCAGAUUCGACAGGUCAUGGCCAAGUACGACCCUCGAUUCGAAAGUUCUGGAGAAGACGAAGCAUACCUGAACAUAACGCGAUUCUGCAGCGAUAACCAAAUCAGUACAACUGAAGCUGUGAAGCGCCUUCGACUUGAAAUUCGGGAGACAACCGGUAUUCCUGUCGCAGCUGGUGUUGCGGCCAACACACAACUUGCAAAGAUUUGUGCGACAUUUGCUAAGCCCGACGGGCAGUUCCACCUACCCAAUAACAAAACAGAGAUCAUGGCUUUGAUGGAGAGUUUACCAGUUAGAAAGGCUAUUGGAGUCGGCAGAGCGAUGGAGAGGCAGCUGGCAGGCUUGGAGAUUCACACCUGCGGCGAGAUUUAUUCUCAACGUCACUUCCUGCGCUCCCUCUUUGGGGAAUUUGUGCGUGGCUUCUUGAUCGAGUUGUUCCUCGGCUUGGGCAGGACGGAGCUGAAACCUCAAUGGGAGAGAUCACGCAAAAGUGUGAGCCUUGAGAAGACUUUCCCCGAGACGUCGGAUACAAGACAGAUUCACCAACGGCUGAAGGAACUCUCCUCAGCUCUAGAAAAGGUCAUGGUAGAGCAACGUUGCAGGGGCCGCACUCUAUCACUAAAAAUGAGGCUGAGAACGUUCGAAACAUGCAGUCGGCAAAUUCGAUUGCCCAAACCGACGAGCAGCGGUGAGCAGCUCUAUCAUCUUGCUGAGAUUUUGCUGCGAGACUUUUUGCAGAACAGGCCAGGCGCGAGCAUGCGAUUACUCGGGCUGCGGUGUACGGGCCUGCUGAAUGACAAAGACUCGGAUAUUACACGUUUCCUCACCAGUCAGCGAAGUAGGACUACUGAUGAUAAAUCCGAUUCUCCGCAAAUCUCAUCCGACUCGUAUACUGACGCCAGCAUUUUCCAAUCGGCCACGGAAAGCACAGAUCGGGGAGGAUGCAUACAGCUUGGAGGCACAGCCGUGACCUCGCCCAUCAAAUCAGUGCCAGAAAGCCAUGACCGAGGGACAAAAAAAGAUCUCGGAAACACUAGAAACGCCGACUGUGAUGCCGCCGAUCUUUCGAGCGGAGAUAUAUUGUGCCCUGUAUGCCACAAGGUCCAGCCCAAUGGCAAUGUCUCCUUUAACCAGCAUCUGGACUUUUGUCUCUCCCGCUCGGCUAUUCGAGAGGCCAUAUCAAAUGAUGACACUCACGCAUAG